AUGUCUUUGACCCUGCUCAACACCGUCCUCCUUUCCUCCCUGCUUGCUACCACCUACGCCUCCGUCCCCGUCGAAUACCCGGCUGUGCCGUCCGACUUGGACACGGAGCGAUGGAUACCAUACACCACCCUCGAGCCGAUCAGGUCCGUCUCCACGCCCACGGCGACGCCCUCGUCCGCGGAAGCUGAGCUGCGCAUCCUACCCUUCCUUGACGCCAACAUGAUCCCCGACCUCAAGCGCCAGGUCACCGGCCAGGGCGCCGCCGCUGCAGCCACUGCGAUCCAACAGGUCUCGCCCGUCACAACGUACUACGCUGGAUCCAUGAUCUCAGGCUCCCAGGUCCAAGUCCCUGUCGUCUACACGCAGACGUUCCCUACAGCUUAUGAGCAGUGGCCCAGUCCGACCGCCGGUGAAAUCGGCCUGGGGACGAUUCAGGGGACCGUGGGAGUCGUCAAGACCAAGCGAAGUCUUCCCACCCAGGUGCCGUUAGGCCAGGCCGUUGAGAAUCUGCACGAGGAAGAGAAGGAGCAGGAAGAGGACCUCGUUCAUCCAUUGCUGAGUAAACUCAAAAAGGCCGGCAAGGAGAUCCACGACGAGAUUGUGGCCCUGCUGAACAAGCAGAAGAAAAAGCCUAUCGCCGUCGAGCACGAACAGCUGGAAAAGGAGGUGAAAAUGCACUCUUCUGCUCCAGUCAUUUCUGAAGAAGCAGAACAAAACGAUGUCGUGCCUUUGGAGAAGGAGCAGAAGAAACCCAGCACACAGUCAGCCACCGCGGCCAAUGAUGCUCGCAUCCUCGAAGCCGGUACUCUUGCCGUCCUUGCCGUUGGUGUUGCGACCCUGUGCAUGAGCUAUUUGUGA